GUGUGCGUGAACGUGGAUUUAAAUAAUUUAGGUUUCUUGUAGGGGUGAUAGGAUGAUUAUGUAUAUGGAUUAUGUUAUAUCUUAAUUAGUAAAAUACGAUCAGAAACGUUUGGUGACAGCUUUGUUUGCCAGUUUAGGUUAACUAUCAUGCGGAACACUACUUAUAGUAGUCAUAGCUAUAGCAGACACAACAUGCUACCGACCUGUUACAAUCAUUUCAAUUUCGUCAGGAGUCAGGAAGGUCAUUUACUUAGGAAAGAGGCAGAAUAUGUUACAAAGUCUUGUGAAACCCCAAAUAGGACGGACAGGUCAACACUAUGGAACAUCUUCCAAACUGACAGCAAAAAUGUGGUUUACUACGUGUGUAUGGAAAUAUCAGCGGGACAACUCUAUGCACGUGACAAACUGUACUAUGUAAGUGAGCCCACAGAGGAAGUCGAUCACGUGACAUCUGGAGAACAAUGCAGUGCACGUGCUGGAAGGCUGCUACAGGCAAACACUACAGUAUCUAAUGCUUCAUCAGUAAUCAAAGAAUUGAACCUUACUGCUAAUAGAUCAUACUGGUUAGAAGGUAGCGUCCCGACAUACUUAAGCACAAACUCCUGUCUUCUGCUAUCCAACGCGGCUACCAUUAUGGCGGUCGGAUGCCAACAAAGACAUAACUACAUCUGUGAAAUAGACAUGUCGUUUUUAUACACCAUUUCGGCAACCAGAUCUACAGACUAUAGAAUGAUCCAUUCAUCUAGUACCAACUCCGGCAUUUCUGACCAUACGUCUGGUUUCCAACUUCAGACGUCGUACAUGUAUCAUUACAAACCGAGUAUUACUGACAUUGACCGGCAUGUCAGUGAUUCGCUAUCUUACCGUACUAUUUCUUCGACAAAGUUCCUUCCUGUUUCUACGGAAGAACACAUUUUACAUUCACCGACCCCAACUUACAGAAGUGUUUCACCGACAGCCAGCCAGACGCAGCCCGUUGUUGACUUACAUACAAGCACGCCCAUGACCAAUCAACACACAGCAAGUUUAAACGCUCAAACUUUAGUUUCAGGGAACCCAAACUAUACACAACUCAUAUGUAACAGAUAUUGUUCUUCCCUGGACAUCUCCGAGCUUCUUCACAUGAUCAGGAAUAGAUCUACCGCAGGGGCUGUUCACAGCAAUACAUAUAUAAUGAAUGACUCCUUGGCUGUGAACGCCAAGGAGACCGGUAAAGCCAGACGGAGACUUACCAGUGCCAUGGAUUCGCGGACCUCAUCAAGGGCCAUCGGAGGGUUGGCAGUGUUUAUAAUCAUAUUAGUACCUGUAUGUGUCAUUUUGAUGGAUCUACCGUUACUUAUAAAGCUUUGGACUUGUUUCAAAUCAAGACAUUAAAGUCAGCUAUCAGUUAAAACCUGUUUACACGUAUUAACAGAUAUUAAAAAAAGCUGUUCCGUUCCAUUAUUAUUUUGUUUGAAUUCAACACAUUACUUGAGAAUUUCAUCUUAUAAAUAUAUUUCUUGCUAAUUCUUUACACGAAACCAAGUUGGGGCCAAAUGAUCUAUUUAUGAUUCAAUUACUUUCCGGACGCGUCAAGUUGGAUCGGGCCCAAUCGCUUCGGUCAAAGGUUAGUCGUAGCUCAGAGAGGGGGCCAGUGGUAGACCUCUACUAUGCGAGAAUGGAUCGAACCAAAGACCAUCCCGUAACUUGUAAGUCAUACAAAAUUAUAAAUAGAAAUACCUGAAACGUA